UUUUUUUUUUUAAUAUACAAAUACAUAUGAAUAUACAUAAAACCAGCAUGUCUUUUAUUCUUAGGAAUCGGUCAUUCAAGUCAAUUAUAACAUCACGGCGUUUUUUAUCCAUUUCACAUUCUCGCUUAGCGGAACAAAAAGUGUCCAAACAGGAACUAUUACCUGAUGAACGUCUUCAGGAGCUUGUCGCUGCAUUAGAAAGACCCAGUGAACGUCAAUUGAGCGAUUCUCGAGAUGUUAUACGAUCGAUCGGAUCUCUUAAACCUCAAUCAACAUUAAUAAGCAGCUCGGAAAUGGAUAAACUUUACAAUCGUCUUAAUAAUGGAUUUACUGUACGUCAGUUGGCAGAUUUCUUACGUGCUAAUAAAAUACCUCAGAGGUAUAAAGAUAAAAAGAAGAACAUGCUGGCUAAUAUCAUUCAACGUCAUUGGGGUAUCAAAACAUACGAACAGGUUCAACUUGAAGAAAAGGAAAAACUCAAGGAUCGAGUUAGAAAGAGCUUUGCUGUUACACGACAAGAGUUAUUUUUCAUUUUUGCAGAUGAGGGUGAAGGGAUUCGACGUAUCGAACAAGACCAUCAGGUGAAUGUGACGAUUGAUGUGGAAAAUUUUGUUUAUAUUAUCGAGGGGCCUUCAAAGGCAAUUGAAGUAGCGAAACAUGCAAUUGAUACUCAGUUAACAAUUGUAGAGGGUCAAAUGGACUUGCCUCCACAAAUGAUAAACAAUGAACAGUUACAGUCAGAGAUUAACGAUGCGUUAGGAGAUGCAUCUAAGAUAGCUGGUAGUUAUAUUUCAUUAGAUGAUAAUAAGUUUUCUUUGUUUAGUUUGUCUGAAGAAAAACUAUCUAAUACAAAACAGCUGUUAAAGUUACUCUUAAAGGACCUAGUUGUGACAGAUGAAGAUAAACAAAAAGCGUUAGAAAGCACGAUUGUUCAAAACCAAUCUGAUUUUACUGUUUUACCUAUACAGGAUUCAUCUGCUAUGUCCAUAUUUGAUAGGCAUUUGAAUUGGGUUAGAACUAAACAGGAAAAUAUCGAUAAUGAAAAUGAAUUCAAGUUACUAGUAGAUGGACAAAAAAUUGGACGUUUUGAAAAUAUAAAAGACAUCUUAUUAAAGCCUUUUAAAGAACAUACUACUUUAAAUGAUAUAUCUUUAGAAGCAAGAUUUGGAUAUUUGUUAUUUCAAAACGAUGGAAAUAUGAAUAGCAAUUCGAUUCUGGAUCUUUAUAAAAAUAGGACAUUAUUCUUAAACACAAUUCCACCUCGGCAAUUGACAGCACCUUUUAUACCAUUUACGUUAAAUGAAGGAUUUCAUCAAAGAUCUAUACAAGUGGCAUAUUCGAAUAAUAACAAUAAAAUACAGCUUGAAUUCGUGAUAGACGAAAACGGUAAUAUAAACGUAAAGAGGACAAUCGGAGAAAAAAAAAGGUCGAUGGUAGAUGUUUUAGGCGUUCAUGGUAAUAUCGAUAUCCGAUUAAUAGCAAAGCAGUAUGAAGAAUAUAACCCUAAUGAUAAGCCUGAGUUGGCUAACUUAAUAAAUCAAUGUGAACUAUUAAGUUAUAACGAAUUUACAGCACCUAAAGAAUAUGAAAAUAUGAUGCUUUCAGAUAUUACCUUUUUAAACAAAAAGAGAUAUAUAUUCAAUGAUAAUUUAAUAUGCUUAAAUCAUAUCGAACAACAAGAUAAAUUAGCAAAACGAACUGAAUUAACAGUUACUUCAGUUGAUCCCCAAACUUUAGAUUUAGCAAAUGCUGUUGAAAAAUGGCCAUCUUUCUCUCAGCUUCUGAAUAGCAUUGCUAGUCAAUGGGUUUAUUCAGGUUUCUAAUAUAGAAUUUAUUAUAGACAUUUACAUAUAAAUAAAGAUACUUGUAUAUUUUGAAGGAAAAAAAAAAUAAUUAAUUGGAG